AUGAACUUUUUAAUAAUAAUAUCAUUUUCCUUAUUAACUACAGUAUUAUCGGCAAAUGACAGUAAUAUUCUUUUUCCCGUGCAUGGGCCUUUUCCUCCAAAUGUAAAUGCCUGCUUUGUUAUUGACAGUGGACAUGUUCUUUCUAUUGGUCCUGCUAUAUCUACAAACAAGGAUGUUCUUCUUUUUGCCAUGCGUACUAGCGACAUAAUGCCAGAACCUUUAAUUUCAUCACAACCUGUUCAAUUAACACCUCUUAUUCAAAUACUUUGCCGCUUCAACGGAGGAUGUGCCCCAGAAUCACUUCAUCGCGAAUUACGAAAAAAAUAUAAUGAAAAUGUCAAUUACUUGCAAACACUUACAAGCUUGACUAAUGAAGAUGUUGCAAUAUCUGGUAUUGGUCAACGAAAUUUUACGGAACCUAGAAAGAAAGCUCUAAUCACAAAUCAUCUAAAACAUCAACAAAUGGAAAUUUAUCCGUGCAAAUUAACAAAGAUGGGGGCUGAUCAGAUAUUUGCUCUACGUGGAUACUUGCGCGUUACAAUAAGACAAUAUUUUUAUGUGCGACAUCGAAUUGAUCUUGCAUAUCCUCAAUUACCACUUAUUUGUGUUGCAGGAGGAAGAAGACAUCAAUAUUUUUAUCCAAUUGAAUGCAUCGAUGUAGUAGAACAAAUAGAACAAUCUGAAACUAUAUAAACGUAUCCUUAUUUGUUGAUUUAUUUGCAAAAUAAAAUGUUUUCAAAAUUUGUUUUAAUCUUACUUUUUGGAUAUGUCUACGCUGAAUUUAAAAUAUGGAAAGUGGAGGAGGCUAAAGUAUCCGAAUUUCGUCGGACUCCAGCCCCAACACCUUUCUAUAGAGAGUUUCUAUUUUGCAAAGAUCUAGGUCUUCCUAAGCGUAAAACUUU